AUGACGGAUCAAUGGAUCGUUCAGAAGACUUUACAGAGAAAGACUCCUCUGCUGGGCAGAGUUACAUUUGCUUUAUUUCUAGUGAAAUCUCACAUUCAGAAUGUGUUUGUCAGUGUUCAGCAGGGGAGAUCAGACUCACCUGAUCCCAGCUGUGUAUCUAUGAAGAGUGACCAGUCUAUGGAACAUCCACCUGAAUUCAGAGAGUCCAACUCACCUGAUCCCAGCUGUGUGUCUAUGAAGAGUGACCAGUCUAUGGAACAUCCACCUGAAUUCAGUGAAGGACACCUUCUUGGUGAACAAAGAGUCAAAAAAGAGACAAGUGAAAGAACUCAGCCCCUGAACUCCAUAUUUAAGGAUAUUGAGAAUGAAGUCAUCACUACAGUGAAGAAUCAGCUGAUGGGUUUCCAGAAGCUUCUGAAUGCAGAUUACCCAGAAUGCACUAUGGGGGAGGUGAAGGAGGAAGAGGAGGAAGAUGAGAUUGCUAUUAGAGAGCUGGCACUGAAGAUCACGCUGUCCAAACUGAGGAAAAAGAAGCACACAGACCUGGCUGACUUACUGCAGAAACAACUCUUACAGCACAAAUUCAGAUCCAAAAUGAAAGAGAAAUUCAAAACUAUAUCUGAAGGAAUAUCAAAAGCCGGAAACCCAACACUUCUAAAAAAGAUCUACACAGAGCUCUACAUCACAGAGGGUGAAAGUGGAGAGGUCAAUAAUGAACAUGAGGUCAGACAGAUUGAGAAAGCAUCCAGGAAACCAGCCACAGCAGAGAUACCAUGCAAUGACAUCUUUAAACCUUUACCUGGACAAGACAAACCCAUCAGAACUGUGCUGACAAAGGGAGUUGCUGGUAUUGGAAAAACAGUCUCUGUGCAGAAGUUCAUUCUGGACUGGGCUGAUGGAGCAGCUAAUCAAGAUGUCCACUUGAUAUUUCCACUUCCUUUUCGUGACCUGAAUUUGAUGAAGGAGAAAAAAGCCAGUCUGUUGCAUUUUCUUCAGUGUUUUUUUCCGGAAGCAAAAGAUCUUAGAGACACUGACUAUGAGAAAUAUAAAAUCUUGUUCAUCUUUGAUGGUCUGGAUGAGUGCCGACUUCCUCUGGAUUUCCACAACAACGAGAUCCUAUGUAAUAUAACAGAAUCAACCUCAGUGGAUGUUCUAGUGACAAACCUCAUCAAGGGGAAUCUGCUUCCUUCUGCUCUCAUCUGGAUAACUUCCAGACCAGCAGCAGCCAAUCAAAUCCCUCCUGAGUGUGUUGCCCGGGUAACUGAGGUACGAGGGUUUAAUGACCCACAGAAGGAGGAAUACUUCAGGAAGAGAAUCAGUGAUCAGAACCUGGCAGGCAGAGUCAUCAAACACAUCAAGUCAUCAAGGAGCCUCUACAUCAUGUGUCACAUACCAGUCUUCUGUUGGAUUUCAGCCACUGUUCUGGUGAGAAUGUUGACUGAAACAGAGAGUGGAGAGAUCCCAAAGACCCUGACACAAAUGUACAUACGCUUCCUGAUUAUUCAGAUAAAUCUCAGAAAGGCCAAAUACACUCAGGGAAAUGAAUCAGACAAUGAAUUUGUUUUCAAACUUGGGAAACUGGCUUCUCAGCAGUUGCAGAAAGGCAACCUGAUCUUUUACGAGGAAGACAUGAGAGAGUGUGGCAUUGAUGUCAAAGAUGUAUCAGUGUACUCAGGAGUGUGUACCCAGAUCUUUAGAGAGGAGUUUGGGCUUGAGCAGAGGAAAGUGUACAGCUUUGUUCAUCUGAGUAUUCAGGAAUUUAUCGCAGCUUUGUAUGUAUUUCUGUCCCUCAGUAACAGAGAUGACACAGAGCACAAGCAAACCACUGAACUUUCCAGUCUCUUCAACAUGGAAACAAUGUCAGAUUUACUCAGAAGUGCGGUGGACAAGGCCUUACAGAGUGAGAAUGGACACCUGGACCUUUUCCUCCGCUUCCUUCUGGGUCUCUCACUGGAGUCCAAUCAGACACUCUUACAAGGCCUACUGACACAGACAGGAAGCAGCUCCCAGAGCAAAGAGGAAACAGUCAAAUACAUCAAGGAAAAGAUCAGAGAGAAUCCAUCUCCAGAGAAAUCCAUCAAUCUGUUCCACUGUCUAAAUGAACUGAAUGACCAGUCUCUGGUGAAGGAAGUGCAAGCUUACUUGAACAGAGGUGACAGUUAUUGCCUAUCACACGUUCAUUUGUCUCCUGCUCAGUGGUCAGCUGUGGUCUUUGUGUUACUGACAUCAGAGGAGAAGCUGGAUGAAUUUAAACUGAGUAAAUACACUCAGUCAGAGGAAUGUCUACUCAGGCUGCUACCAGUGGUCAGAGUCGCCACUAAAGCUGUGAUGAUUGACUGUAAGCUAACAGAGAACAGUUGUGGAGCACUGGCCUCAGUUCUAAACUCAAAAUCCUCCAGUCUAAGAGAACUGGACCUGAGUUACAAUAAACUGCAGGAUUCAGGGGUAAAACUGCUGUCUGCUGAAUUGAAGCAUCCAAACUGUAAACUGGAGAUACUGAGGCUAGAGGGCUGUAAUGUCACACAGGAAAGCUGUGAGGCUUUGGCUUCAGUUUUCAGAUCAACCUCCAGUUUGAGAAAGCUGGAUCUGAGUAACAAUGAUCUGCAGUAUUUAGGAGUGAGGCUUCUCUCAGCUGGAUUAGAGAGUCUGCACUCUAAACUGGAGACACUAAGGCUGUGUAACUGUAAGCUGCUAGAGGAAAGCUGUGCACCAUUGGCCUCGGUUCUCAGCUCAAAAUCAUCAAGUCUGAGGGAUCUGGACCUGAGUAAGAAUAAUCUACAGGAUUCAGGAGUGAAGCGGCUCUCUGCUGGACUACAGAAUCCACACUGUAAACUGGAGAUACUGAAUCUGUGUGAAUGUGCUUUCACAGAGGAAGGCUGUAAGGCUCUUGCUUCUGCUCUGAGGUCAAACCCCUCAUACCUGAGAGAGCUCAGUCUGAACUUUAAUAAACUCGGAGAUGCAGGAGCAAAACAUCUCUCUGCUUUACUGGAGAAUCCACACUGUAAACUGGAGAAACUGGAGCUGUUUAAGUGCAGUAUAGCAGAAGAGGGCUGUGCUGCUUUGGCUUCAUCACUGAAAUCGAACCCCUCACACUUGAAAGAGCUAAAUCUCUCUAUGAAUAAACCAGGAGACUCAGUGAAGCUGUUCUCUCUUCUACACGAGAAUCCACACUACAAACUGGAGAAACUGGAGCUGAGCAGAUGUAGUCUCACAGAGAAAAGUUGUGUAGCACUGGCCUCAGCUCUCAACUCAGACUCCACGUGUCUGAUAGAACUGGAUCUGAGUGAAAACAAUCUGCAGGAUUCAGGAGUGAAUUUGCUCUCUUCUGGACUAAAGAAUCCAAACAGUAAACUUGAGAUACUCAGCCUUUGGGAGUGUAAUUUGACAGAGAGAAGUUGUGAGGCUCUGGCCUCUGCUCUCAGUUCAUAUUCCUCCAGUUUGAGAGAACUGGAUUUGAGUGGCAAUGAUUUACAAGAUCCAGGGGUGAAGCUUCUCUCUGCUGGACUGGGGAAUCCAUGCUGUAAAUUGGAAAAACUAAAUCUGAACCAGUGCAGUGUGAAAGAAGGCGGCUUUGCCGCUCUGACCUCAGCUUUAAAUUCAAAUCCCUCACAUCUGAGAGAACUGUUUCUGAUUGGGAAUUUUGUCAGAGAUUCUGAGGUGGAGCCGCUCUCUGCUCUCCUGGAGGAUCCACAUUGUAAACUGGAGAAAUUAGAAAAAAUGGAGAGACCAGUCUCACCCAUUCCCAGCUGUGUGUCUAUGAAGAGUGACAGGUCAAUGGAUCCUCCCCGUAACUUCAAACAGGGAGAGUUUUGUACACAGCCCAAAGAAAUGAAGAGACCAGAUUCUCCUGUUCCCAGCUGUGUGUCUAUGAAGAGUGAUAGAUCAAUGGAUCCUCCCCGUAACUUCAAACAGGGAGAGUCCACGCGGGUGAAGGUCAAGAUUAAGCCGAAGAGGUCAGAAUCUCCUGUUCCCAGCUGUGUGUCCAUGAAAAGUGACAGCUCGAUGGAUCCUCCACGUAACUUCAAACGUGGAGAGGGUUCCUCCGAUCUGAGGUAAGGAUCAGAGGGGAGAUAGAUACUCACUUCAGGGCAACUGGAGCCCACUGGUGCAGUCUUAAGAUGCCAACUGGAUCACAAAUACAGUCUGAUGAUAAAGUUUCAACAUCUCUUUGAGGGAAUUACAAAACAAGGAAACCCAACACUUUUGAAUGAGAUCUACACAGAGCUCUACAUCACAGAGGGUGGAAGUGGAGAGGUCAAUAAUGAACAUGAGGUCAGACAGAUUGAAACAGCAUCCAGGAGACUAGUGACACAAGAGACACCAAUACAAUGCAAUGACAUCUUUAAACCCUUACCUGGAGAAGCCAAACCCAUCAAAACUGUGCUGACUCAGGGAGUCGCUGGCAUUGGAAAAACAGUGUCUGUGCAGAAGUUCAUUCUGGACUGGGCUGAGGGAAAAGCUAAUGAUAAUGUUCACUUCAUAUUUCCACUUCCUUUUCGGGAACUGAAUUUGAUGAAGGAGAAAAAACUCAGUCUGACGGAUCUUCUUCAUCUAUUUUUCACAGAGACAGAAAAACUGAAAGUCACUGACUAUGAGAAAUACAAAAUCAUGUUCAUCUUUGAUGGUCUGGAUGAGUGUCGACUUCCUCUGGAUUUCCACAACAAUGAGAUCCUAUGUAAUAUAACAGAACCAACCUCAGUGGAUGUUCUGCUGACAAACCUCAUCAAGGGAAAUCUGCUUCCCUCUGCUCUACUCUGGAUAACGUCACGACCAGCAGCGGCCAAUCAGAUCCCUCCUGAGUGUGUUGUCCGGGUGACUGAGGUACGAGGGUUUAAUGACCCACAGAAGGAGGAAUACUUCAGGAAGAGAAUCAGAGAUCAGAACCUGUCAAGCAGAGUCAUCAAACACAUCAAGUCAUCAAGGAGCCUCUACAUCAUGUGUCACAUACCAGUCUUCUGUUGGAUUUCAGCCACUGUUCUGGAGAGAAUAUUGAGUGAAGCAGAGAGUGGAGAGAUCCCAAAGACUCUGACUCAAAUGUACACGCACUUCCUGAUCUUUCAGACCAAACAGAGGAAUCAGAAGUUUGAUGGACAUUAUGAAAUGGAUCCAUACUGGAAUAAAGAGUCACUGCUGUCACUUGGAAAACUGGCUUUUCAACAGCUACAAAAGGGCAACCUGAUCUUCUAUGAAGAAGACCUGAGGGAGUGUGGCAUUGAUGUCACAGAGGGAUUAGUGUACUCAGGAGUGUGCACCGAAAUCUUUAGAGAGGAGUAUGGGCUGUUCCAGGGGAAGGUGUACUGCUUCACACAUUUGAGCAUUCAGGAGUUUUUAGCUGCCCUGUUUGUGUUCUUAGCCUUCAGUAACAAAGACAAUAUAGAGCAAAGACAUACCACUGUCCUUUCUGAAGCCUUCAGAAUAGACACCAUGUUAGACUUACUGAAGAGUGCAGUGGACAAGGCCUUAUUCAGUAAGACUGGACACUGGGACCUUUUUCUCCGCUUCCUCCUGGGUCUCUCAGUGGAGUCCAAUCAAAGCCUCUUAGAAGGCCUGCUCUCACAGACAGGAAGUCGCUCGCAGAGCACUGACGAAAUGGUUCGCUACAUUACGAUGGCGAUCAGAGAGUAUCCCACUCCAACGAAAUUCAUUAACCUGUUCCACUGCCUGAGUGAACUGAACUCCCAUUCUCUAGUGGAGGAAAUACAGACGUACCUGAGGAAGACUGAUGCUAUGUGUCUCGCUGGCACCACACUCUCUCCAUCUCAGUGGUCAGCGGUGAUCUUUGUCUUACUCACCUCAGAGGGGAGUCUGGAGGAGUUUAACCUGUACAGAUUUCAUGUGUCAGAGGCAUGUCUGCUGAAGCUCAUGCCGGUGGUAAAAGCAUCCAGAGCAGCUUUUCUGAGCAGCUGUCGUCUGACAGAAAUCUGCUGUAAGUCUCUGGCCUCAGCUCUCAGGUCGGACUCCUGCAGUCUGAGAGAACUGGACCUGAGUACCAAUGCUCUGCAGGAUUCAGGAGUGAAGCACCUGUCCCGUGGACUAGUGAAUCCACACUGUAAACUGGAGAAACUGAGCCUGUUUGAAUGCAAGCUCACAGAGAACAGCUGUGAAGCACUGGCCUUAGGGCUCAGCUCAGCCUCCUCUUCUCUGAAAGAACUGAUCCUCAGUUUUAACGAUCUACAGGAUUCAGGAGUGAGGCUGCUUUCUUCAGGACUGGAGAAUCCACACUGUAAACUAGAAGUACUAAAGCUGACAUCGUGCCACAUCACCAAGGACAGUUGUGCCAUACUAGCCUCAGUCCUCAGCUCAAACACCACCCGUCUCAGAGAACUGGCCCUGGGAAGCAAUAGCAUUCAGGAUUCAGGAUUAAAGCUGCUCUCUGCUGGACUGGAACAUCCUCACUGCAAACUGGAAAAACUGUGGCUGAAUUUUUGCGAUCUUACAGAGGACAGUUGUGAAGCGCUGUCUUUGGUUCUGAGCUCAGACUCCUUCAGUCUGAGAGAACUGGAUCUGACAGGCAAUUAUCUAAUACAGGAUUCAGGAGUGAAGCUGCUCUCUGCUGGACUGAAUAAUCCAAACUGCAAACUUGAAUCAUUGAAGCUCAGUCAGUGUCGACUCAAACAGGAAGGCUGUGAGGUCUUGGCCUCAGUUCUCAACUCAGACUCCUCCAGACUAAGAGAGCUGGACCUAAGUACCAGUAACCUUCAGGAUACAGGGGUGAAGCUGCUCUGUGCUGCACUGGAGAGUAAUAUUCAGAUAAACUGUUUUUCUCUCAGCCUGAGUACAUGCGGCCUCAGAGAAGGAAGUUGUGCCGCUCUGGUCUCAGUUCUCAGUUCAAACUCCUCCAGACUGAGAGAACUGGACUUGAGUUACAAUAAUCUGCAAGAUUCAGGAGCCAAGCAGCUCUCUGUUGGACUGGAGAGCCCACACUGUAAACUGGAGGUACUGGGUCUGGCUUGGUGCAGUAUAACAGAGGAGGGCUGCGUUGCUCUGGCUACAGCUCUGAGAUCAAACCCAUUCCACCUGAGGGAGCUGGAUCUCUGUCAAAAUACACCUGGGGACUCUGGAGUGAAGCUGCUCUCUGCUAUUAAAGAGGAUUCACACUGUAAACUGAAGAAACUGAAGUGA